UCAUAACACUGGCUGAAUGGUAUCUUCUAUUCGCGUCCCACAUUAGAUCGAAUGUGGAAGCGACAAUCCGCAUAAACAAGCAAGAAUAUCAAUUACAAAACAUUGGUUCGUUGAUCUCAUAGACGUGUUGAUUUUACAGAGCCUGGGAAAGACGGCACAACAGCAAACACUGGAAACAAAACUUCUCAUUGUGAGUCUUUAUAAUGGGAACUAUUUCACAAGAAAUUUUAGUGUCAAGAUGGAACUCUUGGAGCUAGUUCGCGUUCUUGUCGCGGUCAUUGUGCCAAUGGUCGGAGGUCAGGUGGAAAAGCCACAAAGUCUGAAAGUAGGGGCAGAGAUAUGCAACAGGCUGACCAAGGAACCCUACUUCGAGACAGACAUGGUGCUAGGACGACCAUGGAGGAUAUAUUACAGUUGGAACAUCAAGUUGGAUGAUAAGUGCAUGGAUAUGACUUUCAGGAAUGCGACGCCACAGAUCAUCAACAGGGUCUGGCAUGACAUGAACGAGUACCUAGAGAGCCAGCCGUACUGGGACGCGGCGACUCUACUGGUGACGAUGGGCCGCGCUAAGCAUGAGAUGCUCCUGUUCGCAGACCAGGGAGCUGCCGGGAGGUUUAUAGGAGUACCCAAUGUCGUCCGAGAUGGGAAUAUAUCACCAGCGAGGAGUGCAGUUCCACUUUUAAAAUUCCACAUGAAGCUACUAUUUGGAGGCAAAUACCUGUUGAUGACUGACUGUCAAAUCGGAGUGACCACGAUGUCAGCUCGUACCAAGGAGACACCAUAUCGGGCAGAGAUUGGUGGAGUAGCUGCUAACCUCAACUUCGGAGACGGUUACCCUGCCUGCGUGGCAGAUUUGAACAAAGGAGAACAGAUUGGCACUAAAUAA